UUGACAACUGGUUGUCAACGUGCCUCCACCUUUUCCGGUUUUAUCCGUUCAACAUGGCAGUCGGCAAAAAUAAGGGUCUUUCCAAAGGCGGCAAAAAGGGCGGCAAGAAGAAGGUUAUUGAUCCAUUCUCACGAAAGGACUGGUACGAUGUCAAGGCCCCCAACAUGUUUCAAACACGCCAAAUCGGCAAAACCCUCGUGAACCGUACCCAGGGCCAGCGUAUCGCUUCGGAUUACCUGAAGGGUCGCGUUUUCGAGGUUUCCCUAGCUGAUUUGCAAAAGGAUAUUGAUCCCGAGCGCUCCUUCCGGAAGUUCCGUCUUAUUGCCGAGGACGUGCAGGACCGCAAUGUGCUCUGCAAUUUCCAUGGCAUGGAUUUGACCACUGAUAAGUACAGGUCCAUGGUUAAGAAGUGGCAAACACUGAUUGAAGCUAUUGUUGAGGCCAAGACCAUUGAUGGUUAUCUCCUGCGUGUAUUUUGCAUUGGCUUCACCGCCAAGGAUCAGCAGUCGCAGCGCAAAACUUGCUAUGCUCAGCAGUCGCAAGUCCGCAAGAUUCGUGCUCGUAUGACUGACAUUAUCACCAAUGAGGUCAGCGGAGCUGAUCUGAAGCAACUGGUCAACAAGCUCGCUUUGGACUCGAUUGCUAAGGAUAUUGAGAAGAACUGUCAGCGCAUUUAUCCCCUGCACGAUGUCUUCAUACGCAAAGUGAAGGUGCUGAAGAAGCCCCGUUUCGAUGUCUCGAAGCUUUUGGAACUGCACGGUGAUGGUGGCGGCAAGUCCACUGAAGCUGUAGUUUCCACCGAGGGAGCCGUCAUCGAUCGUCCCGAGGGCUAUGAGCCACCAGUCCAGGAAGCUGUCUAGAAUUGCUUUUCAUAUGUGUUGCUGCUAAAAGAAAUACACAUCUAAUCCACACAAA